GCCAUCAGCCUCUGCUACAGUAAUAGUAUUUCGCGGAUCGCUGGAUGUCAAAUGUAGCAUUUAUACAAGGCGUAUUUCUCAGAAUGCGUUCCCUUUGAAGUUUAGCGUGGUCGACGUCGUGAAUGCGUGACGUCAUCCCUUGUCUUCAGGAGAUCAAGUCUACCAUCGCAAUAUUGGGUAACAAACCUGUCUUUCUGACGUAUAUAAAAGAUAUCCACGAUCCCAACCACAGUAUUUCCGACAUCACAAGAUACACAGUAAAAAAUACAACCAAAUCCGAAACAACCACUCUUCAAAACCAACCAUAUCGACAACCAUAUAUCCUAAUCACAUCAUCACCACAACACAAUGACGGGUCCAGGCGCACACGCAGGCAGCUCCAUCGGCGACGCCGUCCGCAAAGGCGCCAACGUUAUCCACGGCACCGGCGAAGCCCUCCGCGGUAAUAUCAACGCCGCCGUUGACAGCGCCGCGGGCGACCACCAGGCCGUGGCCCGUGACGAGGCCAUUGCGGCUCGUGGCACGGACGAGAUGGAUCGGGGUCACCCGCGUCAUCACCAUCCCGGGACUGGAACGUCUGGGGUUUCGGGCAGCAGCACGGGGACGGGCUUGGAUACGCAGAGAGGAGGGUCGCAUGCGACGGGGUUGACGGGGGCGAGGGAUUUCGGGAGUGGAACGGGGGGCGUGGGGGAAAGACGGGUUUGAGAGGCAAAGGAUUGAAGGGUUUGUUACCGAGAUUGAAGGAUGAGGGUGGGAGUUGGGCAGGAAGAAACUUGGGAUACCAAUCUAUCGUUUUGUGUGAUGCUUCGUUGAUGUACAGUGAUUGUCCCUCAUUUGAUUAUGCGCAGUCACGCCUCUUCUUCUACCGGCUCGGUCUAGGGAAAACCACAAUUCAUGGUUAGGAUCACUUGGGUAACCGAGAAAUAUGUAGAAGGGGGGUUCAAAUUUCUUUGCUAUCUUGAAUUCAAUAGACAUUAUCGGCCCUGGCCGGAACCGUGUAUCUACAGAGCUUUAUGCCGCAGAGCGAUAUAACAUGCCAGAUGCUCGCUCGCAAGCCUCAUAACAGAAGCAUAUAUCUAGACCGUAGAGAGCCCCAACU